AUGACAGGCAGUAUUAUACAGACCGGCCCAACCUACGGCUUUAUCCAGUCUGAUGCGGGCGAGAAAGUGUUUGUUAUGCCUGGAUCCUGCACUGCUUUUACCGGCGAGGUUGCCUUUCCGCCAGUGAACACCAGAGUUGUCUACAACGUGGUUUUGGACAACAAGACCAAAAGACCCAGAGCCGAGAAUGUGCGGCCGGAGGGUGCAGCCUUGGCAACCAUGGCUCCCUCUCAGCCCUCCAUGGCCUCCAUGGCUUUGGGCGGAGUGCAGGAGUACUCUGGAACCGUCCAGCAGAAAGGUGAUAAGUACGGAUUUAUCUUGCAAGAUGAUGGGCAGAAACUCUUCGUGAUGCCCUUUUCUUGCCCCACCUACGGCUCGGUCAUACCGCCGGAAGGCACCCGCGUUAGCUACGCGGUGGUCGUAGAUGGAAAAACUGGUCGACCCCGCGCCGAAGAUGUUCGGCCUGAGGGGACAGCUGGCCAGGGAAUACCAGCUCCCAAGGGCAAAGGAGGGGGCGGAGGCAACUGGACCAAUGGCUGUGGCAAAGGACCAGUGGGAGGACCAGUCGGAGGACCAGUAGGAGGACCAGUAGGCGGACCAGUGGGAGGCAAUGGGGCCUUCGCUCCGAGAUAUUCACCCUACUAG